CCAUAAUAAUAAUAAUAAUAAUAAUAAGUGAGAAAUCAAAAUCAUCGAUUCUCCUUUGUUUCGCCUAACCCAAUUCCUAAAUCUCAGCAUCUUUCAUCAAUCCAAUCUCUCAAAUAGCGAAAGAGAGAAACAAAGAUCAUCAAACCCAAAUCCAAUCCUUGGAGACGAACACAUACUCCAAUUUUUAUCCAAUUUGUUUUAGGACAUUUGGGUUGCCCUCUGGCUUAACGAAUAGUGGUUUAGUUAUUUAUGCUGAAUUUGGUGUCAUUCGGAUUCUCAGAGGAUUAUCUGUUUGGUACUGUUUGGUUCGUUGGUGUUUUCAUUUGAUCUGCAUCUUAAAGUUUAAAGUUCGGCGCUGAAAUAGUAAGAAAGUAGAUUUUCAAAAGGCUGCUAAUAAGAUUGCUCCCUUUCGGUAAGUUUGUUUUCAGCUAACUAUCUCUCUUUGUGAAGUUAACUAUUUGUUGCUUCGUUUGAUGUGUAAAGAUUCUUCCUUUAUGCUUAGUUUCUGUGACGUGAGAAUUAUAUUUAGUGUACAUACGAUUUUGGUCUUCAUAGGUUCUUGAUUUGUUUUUGCUGCUACAUGAUUGAUUUGAGAUUAAGCAAUGUUUUUGGUCUUACAAUUUUCCCUUUUUGGCAAAACCGUAGUAUUUUUAAACCUCAUUCAGUGUUUCUAACUUUCUCGAUGCGUGAGUAGCUUACACAGUGCUUAACAAGAUGGCUGGUGUAAAGCGAAAAUUAAGUACCGAGUCAGAUGUUCAUGCUCUUCACAAAGAACUGGAUGAGGUUUCAUGUCCUGUUUGCAUGGAUCACCCACAUAAUGCUGUUCUACUGCUGUGCAGCUCUCAUGACAAAGGUUGCAGGUCCUACAUCUGCGAUACCAGUUACCGACAUUCCAAUUGCCUCGACCGGUUUAAGAAAUUGCAUUCUGAAUCCCCAAAUGACCCUACUCCCGAGGGGAACUUGGCUUCAAGGGAAAAUAAUAACGAAUCUCUAAACGAGCAUGGUACAGCCAGUCGAAGCAGUUUUCACCGUGAGUCUACAAACCGAGGCUCUGCUUGGGAUUCCGAAUCACUGAGGAGGAGGAGGAGAGUGGAUGAAGAAGAGCAGUCAGAAGAUAUCACAAAUUUGAAAUGUCCUCUUUGCCGGGGUACUGUUUUAGGAUGGAAGGUUGUAGAAGAAGUAAGAACAUAUCUUGAUCUUAAGAACCGAAGUUGCUCCCGAGAAUCCUGUUCAUUUACUGGAAACUACCAGGAUCUGCGCCGUCAUGCCAGAAGGACACACCCAACAACUCGUCCUUCUGAUACUGAUCCAUCAAGAGAGAGAGCUUGGAGGCAUCUUGAGAACCAGAGGGAGUAUGGAGAUAUAGUCAGUGCAAUCCGUUCUGCCAUGCCCGGUGCUGUUGUAGUAGGGGACUAUGUUAUAGAAAACGGAGAUAGGUUCUCAGGUGAGAGGGAAACGGGAAAUGGUGGGAGCGACCUUUGGACCACUUUAGUAUUGUUUCAGAUGAUUGGUUCUCUUGACAAUGGAGGUUCUAGCGCUAGUGGCAGUGGUGGCGGUUCAAGAUCCCACAGGUCAAGGGCAUGGAGGAAUCAUCGACGUUCGUCUUCAGAUAGACGAUAUCUUUGGGGGGAGAAUCUAUUAGGUCUACAAGAAGAACACAAUAACAACGAUGAUGAAGAGUUGCAUAUGCAGAACGAUGCAGGCGGUGCUUCUACUCCUGUUCCAAGAAGAAGACGGAGAUUCGGACGUCCUAGAUCAAGCGGAAAUCAUCCGCGAUAAACCGAAUCAUCCGGUGCUAUCGAUAUCUCUCGGGUCAGAACCAGGCCGAUGCAAAGGGAAAGGUUUUGCUGAAAACCCGAGAGCCUUAGGAUUGUUUGGUGUUUAUGUAAAUGUCAUUUUGAGCCUCGUUAAGUCGCUCAUUGUAUACUACUAAGUAUGGCUUUUUAUGCAAUGUCUUCUGUUAAUUAACUCGUGGAUUAUUUUCUUUUAUCUAGGAAAUUGUAGUUGGGUUUCUUUUAACCACGCAUAUAUCUAUGUAAUCCUUUUGUUGAAGCCCUUUUUGACAAAGA